CACACACAUACCACUAUUUUUUGCAUUAGCAAGUUCAACUUAUGUUUAUUGCAAUUCUAGUUCUCUAAUCUCAUGGAGGUUGUUGAGUUAAAGGUACGCCUACACUGCAAGGCAUGUGAAAAGGCCGUCCGAAAAACCUUGUGCAAGAUCAAAGGGGUUACAUGCGUGGAAAUAGAUGUGGUAUUGAACAAGAUCACGGUGUUGGGGUAUGUGGACCGCAAGAUUGUGAUCAAAGCUGUUCGCAAGACGGGGAGAAGAGCUGAGGUUUGGCCGUCUAAGUCUUCAUGUCGCAGCCGGCAGCAGCCUCGUGGUGGUUUUGGUUGCAUCAUCCCCAGAUGGGUUUUCUAAGGACCCAUCAUCAAUCAUUUUAAUUUAUUAAUUUAUCAAUAAUGCUUUGAUUUCCUUUUUUGCUGCAAUUCUAAAAUGUUUGCAAGUCCAAGCAAAAUUUAUAUUUUCGCAUUAUGAAUAUGUUACAUUGUGUUAUGUCUUAACUUAUUAACUAUUAACUGAAAAAUAAAUAAUUAAAUAAAUAAUGAAGACUUCAAUUAGGUUUCAUUUAAUUGGAAUUGAAGUUAUAUGGUUCAAACUUUGAACUUAAUAUUGGAAGUAGUUUUUGUUUUGAUUCAUUCUGAUUUUGCGUCUUCCAAAAUAAAAUAAAAAAUAAUCUAGUCUAUGUCCGUAAUUUGAAAAAAAAAAAAAAAAAAAAAAAAAAAAUGUUAUAAAUUCACCAAAAAUAUAUCUAAAAUAGGGAGUCGAACAUUUCCACUCACUCGAUGAAAUGAGAAGGAAAAUAUAUUAAUUUAAUUUGUUUUUAACUAAAAUACAAUAACAAAAAUAUUUGAACGAAUAUAUAUAUUUUUAUCAUUUUUGAAUGAUUGUAACAAAAAUAUUAGACAAUUGUCAUCAUGAGAGAGAGAAUUUUAUUGGGUGUUUGUAUCGAAUUGAUGUGGUAGUUACUGCAAAGAAUCUUGUUAAACUCUAUUCAUUAAAAUCGCAACAAAAACUAUCCCGUCCGUCACUUUUUUGUAUCAAUUACUCUUGAAAAAUAUAGAAUCAGACCGACGUAUAAAUAAUUGGAUCAACAAAAGCUCUGAAGAACUUGAGGAGGAGCAACACAUGAAAUCAAACAUGGACAAAAUAUUGCAUCAUCCAAAAUGCUUCAUCAUCUGAUCAGACGGUUCACAUCCAUUGCGGGCACCUCCCUAUCAAUCUCGGAUGUCAACAGUAGAGUCAAAGAUUUGGUUUUGAAAGGACUGUAUGACCAAACACUAAAACUCUACAAAGAACAUCUCCAUCCCUCUUCUUCCCAAUUCCAUGGAAUCACCGCCAUUCUUCCUUCAGUCAUCAAAGCUUGUUCUUAUGCUCAAAACCAUCAUUUCGGUCUUCAAAUGCACUGCAUUGUCCUCAAAACAGGCUCUGAUUUGGACCCUACUAUAUCCAAUUCUGUCAUCUCCAUGUAUGCCAAGUUUUCAGACAUUGAAUGUGCGCGUAAGAUGUUUGAUACAAUGCCUCAUAAAGAUUCCAUCUCUUGGAAUUCAAUGAUAAAUUGCUAUGUCCAAAAUGGGUACUUUGUUGAUUCAUUGAACAUGUUCAAGGAAAUGUAUGUGUUGGGUUUUAUACCAAAACCCGAGUUGAUUGCUAGCAUUUUAUCUGUAUGUGCCCGGACAAGACAGUUGAGGUUAGGCAGAGAAUUUCAUGCUGUUCUUGUUGUUGAUGAAAGGAUUGAGGAUUCUGUUUUUCACUGGACGGCAUUGGUUGGCCUGUAUAUGAAGUGUAAUGAUUCAUUAAUGGCUUUUUGUGUCUUUGAUCGGAUGGAGAGCAAAAAUGAGGUUUCAUGGACCAGCAUGGUAUCGGGUUGCGCUGCUAAUCACGAUUAUGAUAUUGCACUUGACUGCUUUCGAGCAAUGCAGCUUGAAGGGAUUAAGCCCAACCGAGUAACACUGAUUGCAGUUUUACCAGCUUGUGCUGAGUUAGGUUCUAUUAAGCAUGGGAGAGAAAUUCAUGGGUAUGCUUUCCGUCAUGGGUUUGAUUCAGAAUUCCUUUUCUCCUCGGCUCUCAUACACAUGUACUGCAAAUGCAGGGAAGCAUUACGACCUGCCAAGCUAAUUUUUGAAAGAUCAACAGUAAAAGAUGUUGUGAUGUGGAGUUCGAUCAUUGCUAGCUAUUCUCAGACCCGGGAUACUGCAGAAGAAGCAAUAAAGCAUUUCCAUCAAAUGCAAAUGGAGGGAAUUCAGCCCAACUCUGUAACACUAUUGGCAGUACUUUCUGCCUGCACCAAUCUAGCUUCUGUAAACCAUGGACGUGCAGUCCAUGGCUAUAUCUUGAAAUCCAGCUUCAGUUAUGAAACAUUCAUUGCCAAUUCCCUUAUUAAUAUGUAUUCGAAGUGCGGUUGUCUCAUGGAUUCUCAUAAAAUUUUUAAAGAAAUGUCUGUGAAGGAUCCUAUUUCAUGGAGCGCGCUUAUCAAUGCACAUGCCCUGCAUGGUUAUGGGGAGGAAGCUUUGCAACUCUUCCUUGAGAUGCAAGAGCUGGGGUUGGAGCCAGAUGCAAUCACAUACCUUGCCAUUUUGUCAGCUUGCAACCAUGCUGGCCUUGUUGAAGAGGGACAGAAGCUCUUUGCUGAAGCAGUAAAAGAUGAUAAAAUAUUACUAACUACAGAGCAUUAUGCUUGCUACAUUGAUCUUCUUGGAAAGGCAGGGAAGCUUGAAGAUGCUUAUGAGAUUGUGACCAUGAUGUCCAUAAAACCAAGCACAAGAAUUUGGAGCUCCUUGAUUUCAGCUUGUAAGAUUCACGGAAGAUUGGAGGUUGCAGAGAUGCUGGCACAUCGGCUUAUAAAAUUGGAACCAGAAAAUGCUGCCAACUAUACGUUGUUGAGUAUGGUUUAUGCUGAAUCUGGUAAUUGGUUUGGAGUGGAACAAGUGAGGAGAGAAAUGAGAGUAAGAGGAUUAAGAAAGAGCUAUGGAUUCAGCAAAAUUGAGCUGGAGAAUGAUAAUUGGUAGCAUAACCAAAUCUGCGUGCAACUUAGCUCAACAUUAAAAGAGGAGAGGAGUGUGAGUAAGAGGACUAAAAAGAACUGCCAUUCAGCAAAACCGAGAUGGAGAAUGAGUAUUUUGUGGCAGGGCUGAAAUACACGUUGAAGUAAGCUAGUUGUGGAAGGAGGAGAGCCGCGAGAGUAAGAGGAAAAAAAACAAAAAAAGAAAAGGUUUCAGUGGAGUCAAGCUGCAGAUUGAGAACGUGUAGCAAGGUCUUAGUCCACGUACAACUUGCCUCAAUGUGAAAGGAGUAACAUGAGACUAUUAUGCAUCUACUGUUCAUUAUGAAUCCAGUAUGAAAGACCUAACAGUCUAACACACCUCCACUCUUAGUAAGCCAAUAGUUCACACAACAAAAAUGCGUGAUUUGGUUUUAGUGUAUUACAUGCUUGAACUGCCUCCUAAAUGGUAAUUACAGAGAGAUUGUGAUGUUUUGUUCAAUUGUAUAAUCUUCCCAUACAAUUGAACUCAGUUUUUGCUA